AUGAUAAUGGAGGAAGAAAAAGGAUAUCGAAGGUUAACUCCACUGCAGAGUGUAGGCCUUCGUCAUUGUGGAUAUGUUAUUAAAGUCCAGGAAGUUGUAAAAGAUUCUUCUGGGAAAGUGGAUCAUCUCAGAGUAUCCUGUGAACCUGCUACAGAGAGCAAUAAACCCAAAGCUUUCAUCCACUGGGUAGCACAACCUAUCAAAUGUGAAAUCAGGAAUUAUGAGAGAUUAUUCAAGCACGAGUGUCCAGAAGACCCGGCAGUUGUUCCUGGAGGUUUCGUUACAGAUAUCAAUCCCAAUUCAUUGUCCAUAUCCCUUGGCAUGGCAGACAUUUCUGUGAAGAAUGCUAAAGUAUACACUAAAUUCCAGUUUGAGCGUACUGGCUUCUACUCGGUAGAUCCUGACUCAAGCCCAGACUUCUUGGUUUUCAAUAAGACUGUUGGGUUGAAAGAAGAUAAGGGGAAAAAUUAAGAAUUAGGGUAAAAUGAUAAAUUGUGUAAGGCCUGGCUGA